UCGUCUUGUUUGAAUUCUUUCUUGGUAACAGAAGCAGUUGAAAACUGGCGAAGGGAAAAAUUGAAAGAAGCCAAAGAGUCGGCUCUCGGAAGAGAGGGAAUGAAUUUAACUACUUUACAGGAGGAAGCUGGAAUGCUUGUCAGAGCCUUGGAGUCUGAUUGGGCUGUGUUAUCAGAAGAUAUUGGCUUUUGGAUGCCUUCUGAUAUGAAUAACCGAGAACAUGAUGAUAAACCUGAGGAUGAAGAAGAGCCUGAGGAAGUCUUAGCUGGCAGGCCCCUUCCACCUGAAUGCCAUGCCGAACUUCAUACGGAUUAUGAUGGUGCUGCUGUCAGAUGGGGCCUUACUCACCAUAAAGAAAGUGCUGCUGACUGUUGCCAGGCAUGCUUAGAUCAGGCAAAACGUGCUAAACCUGGUGAAAUGAACUGCAACAUAUGGGUUUAUUGCCCUUCUGAAACUGGCUGCUAUUCUCCUGAUAUUUAUCAACACAGAUUUGGGGAAUGCUGGUUGAAACAUGCGGAAAAUCCCAGGCUGAACUUCAAGGAUAGAUAUUCUGAGUCUUAUAGAAACUCCCACCCAACAUCUCCGGUGAUUGUUCCAUGGGUGUCUGGUGUUGUGACCAAUUGAAUGGGAUUCUCAGUGAAAUAGGCAAUUGAUUCGAACAACAUUUUGACAUAUUAUUGCAUUAAAACUUCUUCAAGACAUUCAAGAAGAUGGAUAUACGAAGGAGUUUAUGGCACUCUUUUACCUCCCACGAAUUUUGAAGUUUGUUUAUUCUGUUUUCCAUGUGGUGAUCAUUGGACAGGGGAUGGUGUGACAAGUGUCAAUCUCCUGUAGCCUGUUAAUGGGUCAGCUGUUCUUUACAUGAGGAAGCCUCUGGUUAAGGACGGAGAGAACCUUUCUUCUACGUUUAGAUGGUAAAAGCAUAUUUUUUUUUUGGUUCUUCUGUGGGUUGUUUGAAAAUGAGAAACCCGGAUAUGUUGUAACUCAAUCACGUAGAAAUGUGAAUUUCUGAGCAUUAUUAUCUGACUGGGUAAUACGUGUGUGUGUGUGUGUGUGUAUAUAUAUAUAUAUCUCUCGUUAAUAUGAGUUGUUAGCUCUUUAUCUUGUUUGAA